AUGGCCAAACCUAUAGUUCCCUUCGCCGAGGGCCCGAAACGCCCAAAGCAAAUCAUCUCCCUUGGAUUGUACCGCACCGGUUCCCAAUCCCUCAAAGAAGCCCUCACCAUCCUUGGAUACCGUGACGUCUUUCAUUCAUCCGCGUUGGUAGAUAACUUCGACAAAUGGAACGGAAUCGAUGCCGCUGCCGAUGCCAACAUCGCCUGUCUUCCAUCUUACACUGGCCAUUCCUACACCCGUGAAGAUUGGGAUGCAUACCUAGGCCCGUGUGAGGCUCUUACAGACGUCACACCCUUCGCUGAGAGCCUGUUGAAUGCAUAUCCCGAGGCGCGUGUCAUCCUAGUCAAACGAGAUUUUGAUUCCUGGGUCCAGAGCUUUCUCCGCACCUUAGUCUCGCCAUCUUCCGAUGGGAUGCUGGCAUGGCUGAGCGGCAACGUCUUCGAGCCCUUGGUGGAUCUCCAUUUGAGCCAGACAGUCUGGAAAAUGUAUAUGGGCUUGCUGGGAGUAUGCGAUCUGGGUAAAACACGGGACCAUAAUAUACUGCGUGCCGGAUACGAUCGUCAUCAUGCCAAUGUCCGCCGCUUAGUGCCUGCAGACCGACUUCUGGAGCUAAAUCUCGCCGACCUGGGCUGGGAGCCGCUGUGUGACUUUCUUGGAAAGGAGAUGCCUGAUGUGCCAUUUCCUCGUCUUAACGAGUCACGGGUCUUCCGUGACAAGUUUCGAGAGCUUCACCAAGGCAUGUUGGUUGCUAGAAUGCUCAAGAUUCUGACUCCUCUGGUAGCGGCUGGGGGUAUAGGAGCGUCGGGAUAUGGGUGGCGAAGAUGA